AUGCCUUCAUUUCACACUAAAACCAUCGAGAGCAUUCUCGAUCCAGUCGCCCAACAGGUUGAGCGAUUGGUAAUAUUGCACGAAGAGGCGGAGGAUGGCAACGCCAUGCCUGACCUCGAAAGGCCAGUGCUGGGCGUGAGCACUGCGGUGACCAACCUGGUGAAGGUCGGUCGGGAGACGAUUCAAAGCAGCGAUGAUCACAUUCUGAAGCAGGACAUGCCCGCCUCACUGCAGAGAGUGGAGCGAGCCUCUCGUCUGCUCGAGGACGCCUCACGGGAACUGAAAGUUGACCCCUUCUCAUCAAAAGCGAGGUCUAAGCUCAUAGAAGGCUCCAGAGGCAUCCUUUCUGGCAUUUCGCUCCUCCUGACAGCGUUCGAUGAAUCAGAAGUAAGGAAAAUUAUCAAAGAGUGCCAAAAAGUUUUAGAGUAUUUGGCGGUGGCCGAGGUCAUUGACUCCAUGGAGGAUUUGGUGCAAUUUGUCAAGGAUCUGAGUCCAUGUCUGACCAAGGUUUCUCGUGAAGUAGACUACCGAGAGAAAGAGCUCACACACCAAGUGCAUCGAGUGAUUCUGAGUCGCUCGCUGGAGUCCAUUAAGACACUGGCUCCCAUAUUGAUUUGUGCCAUGAAGAUCUACGUUCAACUGGUGGAUCAACGCAAGAAAACUGACGAGGCGGCAGAGAACCGAAACUACCUGGCCCGUCGAAUGACGGAUGAGAUCAACGAAAUAAUCAGAGUGCUUCAGUUGACCACGUACGACGAGGACGAGUGGGAAUCGGAUGAUGUGAAUCGCAUCAAAAAGACAUACAAUGCACUUCAAGGAAAACUGGCGUCAGCCCACGACUGGCUGGAGGACCCAACAGCAGUCACCGGCGGCGUGGGAGAAAAGUCGGUGCGCUCUAUUUUGGAGGAUGCUCGACGAAUCGCCGAUCUGGCACUGGCCGAUGACAGAGAGGCCAUCAGGAAGAUGGCCGGUGACAUUGGCGCCAUGGUCGACGCUCUGGUGGAGCUGAGAGAUGACGGCAAAGGCGGCACUCCACAGGCACACUCACUAGGCCGUGCAAUCAACGGCAAACUGAAGGAGCUCAGUGCUCUGGUCAAUCGAGCCAUCAUGAACAUCGAACGAACCGGGGCGCAGGGACCGGCGCACACCAUCACGGGCAAGUUUGACCAGGCCUCAAAGUGGCUGUCCAACUUGAACUUUGACGACAAGGGCGUCGGCCAGCAGGCGGUGAAGGCGAUUCUGCAGGACAGCCGUCGAAUCGGCCAGUCAUGUCCGCCCUCUCAGCGAGAGGACAUCUACGACCUGUGCAAUGACGUUGAGCAGCUACACCGACAGCUAGAUGACCUGUGUCGACGAGGCAUGGCAAACACCCCACAGGCGCAGGAGAUCUCCCGAAGACUAAACCGAAAGCUUCAGGAGCUGAAGAAGCUGAUUGAGAGGGCGCUAAUCACUCGAGUGGUUGACGACUUUAUUGACAUCUUCACGCCGCUGAAGCAGUUCACUGAGGCGGUCUACGCUCCUGAAGGCACACCCAACCGAGAAGAUCGAUUCAGAGAAAAGUCAAAUGUGCUGAAUCAGUUUUCGCGAAAGGUUUCGCAGACUGCCCGCAAUGUGGCCACUGGUUUGGCGCCAAACAAGCGUCUGGCCGAAGGUAUUAUCAAUCUGUCGAAUGACGUGGAAAGUAUGACACCACAGCUGAUCAGCGCUGGUCGCAUUCGGUUCACUCAUCCCGAUAACAAGUCUGCUGAUGAGCACUUUGAAAAUCUAAAGUCACAGUAUCAGGAUAACAUUGAAAAGUUGCGUUCAAUGGUGGACGAAUCAGUAGACAGUGUCAACUUUGUCAACUCAUCAGAGGAUGCCAUUCUCAAGUACACCACUCUGUGCGAGAAUGCCAUUGCCAAUCGUCAACCUCAGAGCAUGGUGGAAAAUACCUCAAAUAUUGCCCGAAUUGCCAAUCGUGUUCUCGGAGUCGCCAAGCAGGAAGCUGAAAACUCAGAGGACUACCACUUUAUUUCAAAUGUAAACCGAUCUGCUGAUGAACUGCAGAGAUCGAUUCCCUCAAUGGUCCAAGAUGCGAAAACGGUUGCCUUGAACAUCCACGAUCCUAGCGCAGCCAGCAGGUGGCGAGAAUCAAAUCGACAUUUAAUAAACUCAGUAUCAGACGUGAAGAACGUCCUCACUCCCGAUGUGCCUGAUAUCAGCAACCUUUCACUAAACGACUCAUAUGCACCUCCACGCCCACCUCCACCGACGGUCAACAAUAUCGCUCCUCCACAGCGACCACCGCCGCCUGAAACGGACGACGAGUACGAUGAUCGGUUCCCGACUUUGCAGCCAAACCAGCCCAUCAUGAUGGCUGCACACGACUUACACCAAGAAGUCAGACAGUGGUCGAGUAAGGAGAACGAGAUCAUCGCUGCUGCCAAGAGAAUGGCCAUUCACAUGGCUCGACUGAGUGCACUGUGCGGUGGACAGGGCACAAAGAAGGACUUGAUUGCCUGUGCCAAACUGAUUGCCGAGUCCUCUGAAGAAGUCACCCGCCUUGCCAAAGAUCAAGCCAAACUUUGCACGGACAAACGAAUGCGAACGAACAUUCUUCAAGUGUGCGAGAGAAUUCCCACCAUUGGCACUCAGCUGAGAAUAUUGUCCACGGUGAAGGCCACCCUUUUGGGUGCUCAAGGUUCACAAGAAGACCAGGAGGCAACUGAAAUGUUGAUUGGCAAUGCACAGAAUCUGAUGCAGUCAGUCAAGGAGACCGUUCGUGCCUGUGAAGCUGCCUCUAUCAAAAUUCGCACCGACAGCGGAGUGAGAGUGCUCUGGGUUCGAAAGCAGCCCUGGUAUCAGUGA